CUGCCCCUGUGUGGGAGUAGGUGUAGCCGCGUAAGCGGCAGCGGCGUAGGCCUCAGCUCGGCUCAGCUGCCGCCUCGCUCGAACCAGAGGAGCCAAGCAGAGGAAGCGAGGCGGAGAUGUCGGCGGGGCUGGUGACCGACGAGGCCACCGUGGGGCGGCUGUACCGGAUCCGGCGCACGGUGAUGCAGAUGCUGCGUGACCGUGGCUACCUGGUGGUGGACCACGAGCUCGCCACCAGCCGCCGCGACUUCCUCCGCAAGUUCGGCGAGUCCUUCCACCGCGAGGACCUCCUCAUCAACAAGUACAAGAAGAACGACCCAUCCGACCAGAUAUAUGUCUUCUUCCCCAACGAUGACAAGGUAGGGAUGAAGCACAUCAAGAAGUACGUCGAAAUGAUGACGCACGAGAACGUCUCCAGAGCUGUGCUGGUUCUCCAGCAGAACCUAACUCCGUUUGCGAAGUCGUUUCUCAUAGAGCUGGAGCCGAAGAUCCAUCUGGAAAUUUUCCAGGAGGCCGAGAUGCUUAUAAACAUCAAGGAACAUGUCCUUGUUCCUGAGCAUCAGGUGCUCACAAACGAGGAGAAGAAGACGCUUCUGGAGCGGUACACCUUGAAGGAAACUCAGCUUCCAAGAAUACAGAUCACGGAUCCUAUUGCUAGGUACUACGGCCUGAGGCGAGGCCAGGUCGUGAAGAUCAUCAGGCCCAGCGAGACGGCGGGCAGAUACGUUACAUACCGGUACGUUGUAUGACAGAACGUCAGAACACUGAAGAAGAAGAGAACCACAGAUAUGUCAAAAAAAAUUCAAGCUACACAUACCCCACGUGCUUGCAGACAUCUGUAUCGCUUUGUAGCAGCAGCCACUGGUAACGAUCGGUGGCUGAUGUGUAAGUGUAAGUGGAUUGAAUAAGCUGAGUCAGAGCAUACGAGAAUUCUCAUGUUGUACACUUGUGUUUUAUGAACCGCAUAAACACUCACGACGAUAAAAGAAGCCUGUUUUUCGGAGCGACAGAAGCUCCUGCGAUC